UCCUCCCCCGGUCCCGGCGGGGCGGGGCGGUUCCGCCAUGGCGGCGGUGCCGGUUCUGUUCCCGUUGUGUUUCCUCGUGUUUUUGGGUCCCUGCUCCGCUUAUUUCCCCGAGGAGCGAUGGCGGCCCGAAUCGCCGCUCCGAGCCCCACGCGUGACCGUGGCCAUCGUGGCCAGGAAUGCGGCGCACGCGCUGCCGGCCGUGCUGGGGGGGUUGGAGAGGUUGAGGCACCCGAAGGACAGAACGGCGCUGUGGUGCACACAUUUUAGGUGCCCACCUUUUGGGUGCCUGCAUUUCCAACACCUCCCACCCAAGAAGCCCCACGGGGUGCACUUAGGGGGCACCAUCCUCACCCCCCCUCCUCUCCCCCGGUGCCCCCCACCCCAUAGCUCCUACCCUGACGAGGAGGGCCCCAAGCACUGGUCCAGCUCCCGCUAUGAGCACGUGAUGAAGCUGAGGCAGGCAGCCCUGCAGUCGGCGCGGGACAUGUGGGCUGAUUACCUGCUGUUCCUGGAUGCUGACAACGUCCUGACCAACCCCGACACGCUGGGGCUGCUGAUGGCAGAGAACAAAACGGUGGUGGCACCCAUGCUGGACUCACGUGCUGCCUACUCCAACUUCUGGUGUGGGAUGACAGCUCAGGGUUACUACAAACGCACGCCCGCCUACCUGCCCAUCCGUAAGCGGGAGCGGCGCGGCUGCUUUGCUGUGCCCAUGGUGCACUCCACCUUCCUGCUGGAUCUGAGGAAGGAGGCAUCCCAGCUGCUCACCUUCUACCCUCCUCACCCCGACUACACCUGGCCCUUCGACGACAUCAUCGUCUUCGCCUUCUCCUGCAAGCAGGCAGAGGUGCAGAUGUUUGUUUGCAACAAGGAGGUGUACGGCUUCCUCCCGGUGCCGCUGCGCUCGCACAGCACCCUGCAGGAUGAGACAGAGAGCUUCAUGCACGUCCUGCUGGAGAUCAUGGUGAAGAACCCUCCUGCAGAGCCCUCGCGGUUCCUCUCCAUCCCACCCAAAAACCCCGACAAGAUGGGCUUCGAUGAGGUGUUCAUGAUCAACCUGAAGCGCCGGGCCGACCGCAGGGAGCGCAUGCUGCGCACGCUGCACGAGCAGGAGAUCGCCUGCAAGCUCGUGGAGGCAGUGGAUGGGAAAGCCAUGAACAGCAGCGAGGUGGAAGCUCUGGGGAUUAAGAUGCUGCCAGGCUACAAGGAUCCAUACCACGGCCGGCCACUCACCAAGGGAGAGCUGGGCUGCUUCCUCAGCCACUACCAGAUCUGGAAGGAGAUUGUUGAGAGAGAGCUGGAGAAGUCGGUGGUGUUCGAGGACGAUCUGCGCUUUGAGAUCUUCUUCAAGCGGCGCCUGAUGAACCUGAUGUAUGAUUUAGAAGAGGAAGGGUUGGACUGGGACCUGAUUUACAUCGGGAGGAAGAGGAUGCAGGUGGAGCAUCCCGAGAAGUCGGUGCCACACGUGAGGAAUUUGGUGGAGGCUGAUUAUUCCUACUGGACUUUGGCUUACGUCGUUUCGCUGCGGGGAGCUCGCAAGCUGCUGGCGGCCGAGCCGCUCUCCAAAAUGCUGCCUGUCGAUGAAUUUCUUCCCGUCAUGUUCAACAAACAUCCUGUCUCUGACUACAUGAAGCACUUCAAGAACCGCAACCUGCUGGCCUUUUCUGUGGAGCCACUGCUGGUUUAUCCCACCCACUACACCGGCGACGACGGCUACAUCAGCGACACGGAGACCUCGGUGGUGUGGGACAACGAGAAGAUCAAGACGGACUGGGAUCGAGCCAAGUCCCAGAAGAUGAAAGAGCAGCAGGAGCUGCGCCGAGAGGCCAAGAACUCAGACGUGCUGCAGUCUCCCCUUGACAGCACGGCAAGGGACGAGCUAUGACGUCCAUGUCACCUCCGUGUGUGGCUUUUGUCACUUCCAUGUGGGGCCUUGGCCAACAUUUCACCUUUGGUCACUAUUUGGGGCCUUGACUGCCAAUAUGGGGCUUGGCGAGAGCCACCAGUUUGGGGCUUUGGCUGCCAUUUUGGGGGCUUCGGUUGACAUUUCAGGGCUUUGGUUACCAUUUGGGGCCUUGGCUGCCAUCUUGGGGCUUGGCAGGAGCCACUAUUUUGGGGCCUUGGUUGGCAUUUUGGGGUCUUGGCCAAACCUCUUUUGUGACCUUAGCCAACAUUUCACCUUCGGUCACCAUUUGGAGCCUUGGCUGCCAUUUUGGGGGUGGCGAGAACCACCAUUUUGGGGCUUUGGUUGACAUUUUGGGGCUUGGCAAGAGCCACCACUUUGGGCUUUGGCCAAACCUUUUUUUGGGGCUUGGCCAACAUUUCACCUUCGGUCACCAUUUCGGGCCUUCGCUGCCAAUAUGGGGCUUGGCAAGAGCCACCAUUUUGGGGUUUUGGCCAACAUUUUGGGGCCUUGGCCAAACCUCUUUUGGGGCCUUGGCCAACAUUUCACCUUCGGUCACCAUUUGGGGCCAUGGUUGCCAUUUUGGGGGUGGCGAGAGCCACUAUUCUGGGGCUUUGGCUACCAAUUUCGGGCUUUGGCCAAACCUCUUUUUGGGGCUUUGCCAACAUUUCAGCUUUGGUCACCAUUUGGAGCCUUGGCUGCCAUUUUGGGGCUUGACAGGAGCCAUCAUUUUGGGGCCUUGGCCAACAUUUUGCCUUCAGUCACCAUUUGGGGCCUUGGCUGCCAUUUUGGGAGUGAUGAGAACCACCAUUUUGGGCUUUGGUUGACAUUUUGGGGCCUUGGCCAACAUUUUGCCUUCAGUCACCAUUUAGAGCCUUGGCUGCCAUUUUGGGGCUUGGCAAGAGCCACCAUUUUGGGGCUUUGGCCAAACCUUUUUUUGGGGCUUUGGUCAAACCUUUUUUUGGGACUUGGUCAACAUUUCACCUUUGGUCACCAUUUGGGGCCUUGGCUGCCAUUCUGGGGCUUGGCAAGAGCCACCAUUUUGGGGUUUGGCAGGAGCCGCCAUUUUGGGGCCUUGGUUGACAUUUUGGGGUCUUGGCCAAACCUUUUUUGGGGGUGUGGCCAACUUCGGUCACCAUUUGGGGCCUUGGCCACCAUUUUUGGGCUUGGCAAGAGCCGCCAUUUUGGGGCCUUGGCCAACAUUUCAGCUUCGGUCACCAUUUGGGGCCCUGGCUGCCAUUUGGGGGGCUUGGUAAAAGCUGCCAUUUGGGGCCUUGGCCGCCAUUUUGGGGCCUUGUCCAAACCUUUUUUGGAGGCUUUGCCAACAUUUCACUUUCGGUCACCAUUUGGAGCCUUGGCCGCCAUUUUGGGGCUCGACAGGAGCCGCCAUUUUGGGGCCUUGGCCAACAUUUCUCCUUCAGUCACUGUUUGGGGCCUUGGCUGCCAUUUGGGGGCUUGGUAAAAGCCGCCAUUUUGGGCCUUGGCCGCCAUUUUGGGGCCUUGUCCAAAGCUCUUUUAGGGCCUCAUUCACCUUCAGUUCGGCUCCUUUGUGCCUUGGCCGCCAUCUUGGGCCGUGAGGAGCCGGCCGGGCUCACGGUGCUCCUGGGCCGAGGCCCUGCUGCGUUGUCAACCAAAGCUCUGCGGUUGUUUCGUUUCGUUUGGGGUUAUUUUUUUAAGGGAGAAAAAAAAAAAAAGGUU